AUGCCGGCCAUGAAGGGGUUUUUGCGCUCCUUCAGCAGCAGUAGUCGCCGAUCCAGUACCGUCCCCUCAUUGCCCCUUGAGCUUCCCGUCACCCCUAUUGUGUCUUCCCCCCGCAACCCGAGUCAAGACAACACAGUGCUGAUCUACACAUCAGGUCCCGGCGUGGAAAGCGAGCAGGACUCUCACGAUGAUACCCCAGAGACACUUCUACUGCGAGAAAUGAAAGCAUUUUGCGAAUCCAACACCACCCCACAUAGCCAGAGUCAGCAGGGGAAUGAAUACGUCCAUCUACCUCGGAUCGUUGAGAUCGCCGAGUCCAGUCCGACAGCGGCCCGGGAAGCCGCCCAACGGAUUCGCAAAUACCUCUCGACACCGAACAGCACUCCAACUCACGUUCAAUUUAAUGCCCUCAUGCUGAUGCGCAUCCUGGGGGAUAACCCUGGUCACAGCUUCACCAUCAACUUCGACGAGAAGUUCUGUAACGUGAUCAAAGACCAGCUUCGCAAUGGCCGUGACUGGUACGUGCGGCACUACUUGUGCGAGUACCUUGCGCACCUUGAGGCGACGCGGUACCAGGACGACGAUCUUCAAAUGCUGCUGCAGGUUUGGGCCAAGAUCAAGGCGAAGUCACCAAGGGAAUUUGUCCAGCGAUAUACUGUUCCACCGGGGACGCAGGUCACAAAUUUCUCCGCCCAGUAUCAAGCGGGGCAGCCUAUGCGCUUGCCAAGGCCCUCGAGAACUCUACCCAACCCCGACUACUCCCCGGCCGAGCUGGAUGGAAAUGAAUUGAUCAAAGAAUUCAUUGAACGAUGUCAAUCAUCCGCACGUACCCUGCAGAGAUACAUACAUUCCACCAAUCCAGCUCCUGACGAGGACACCCUUUUGACUUUGAUCGAAACCAACGACGAGAUUUCCGUCGCCUUGUCACGGCAGCAGCGUGCUAUGUUGAAAGCGCGUAAAGCUCGAGGCACGUCUAGCCCAACCCCCAAUCCCAGUAGCCCAAUUUCACUGGGAAGCGAUGGCAUGGCGUCGGGUGGCCUAGGCGGAACGUCGACGUUUAUACCCGUUGGGUCUGCGUCCAAGGGGCCGACAUCAGAGCUCCAGUCCAUGCCGUCAAUAUCGAGAUGUCUCGAGGAUCAAUCCUCGCCCAGGGUCGAGCUCCCCGCCGCAGUGUCCGCCAGUCACUCGACCGCGAGAAGUCGAAAAGCCGUGCAGUACGAGUGGAACUCGGCCGAUUUUGAGGUCCAAAAUCCAUUUGCAGAUGAAAAUGCCGCGAGUGACUCGGAUGCGGAAAGACGUCAUCCACAGGCGACUGCUGCGGCCUCUGCCACGAGCGAAGGGCGAGUCCAGGCCCCGCUUACGGAGCAGAAACGUUGA